AAUCAUUCCCACCAUGACUUCCUACGUUGCAUCGCUUCUCCGCCGCCGCCGCCUCCGCCUCCGCGUCCACCGUACCAUGCCCACCCUUCUCCUUCCCCGCCUCUUCUCCUCUCCUCAUUCCCCUUCACCGGUGAACUCUGUCUCCUCGAAGCCCCCCUCCCUCUCCGCCCGCCUCUCCUUUGUGUUCGACCAGCUCGAUGCCCUCGACCGCUCCCGCUCCUCGGACCUCUCCGCCCGCGACGCGGCCCUUCGCCGCAUCCAAUCCUGGCGCCGUCCCGCCGCGCUCCCCGAAGUGCGGCCGAUGGAGGGGGUGCCGAGCGAGCCGGAGAAGAAGGAAGCUGAGGCGGUGGGUGGAGAGGAGUUGGAGAGGAUGAGCGUAGUGGAGGUGCUACGAAGGGAGGUGGAGCUCGUGCAUCCCUGGCCGGAGUGGAUUGAACUGAUGGACCGGCUGGCGCAGCAGAAAUACUUCGACCUUGGGGGCGCCGGCGGCGCCGACGAGGGCUGUAUGGCCGCCGCGGUGCCGAUGGACCUAGCUGAAGUCGCUCAAGAGACUGGUUUCGACUUCUCUAGGGACUGGACCACCGUCAAGAAUGCCUGUAUGAACUUCGGCCGCGACCGCUUCGACAUCCUCAAGUCAUUACCUAGGAAGGAUCUUCAGGUAUUGGUUGGCCAUGGCUGCCCUAGCAUGGAUCCAAAAGUUGUGUUUUCUGCAAAGCUGAUACGGAAACUCGUCCAUCUGGAUGAGGGGGAUGUAUGCAGUUCUUGCAAUUUACGAAAUCUAUGCUCAAGGGGUUAUAUUCUUACACGUAAAGAAGAUGAAGCUCGGACUCUUGAUGUUAUGCGUAUUUUGUUGGUCUAUGGGUUUGAUCAUGUAAAGGAAACCGUAGAGAACAAGCCCCUCAAACUGAAAUCUGUUAAGACAGUUGUUCGUAAAUUGAUACAUGACAUUGCCAAGCUGAGCGCUGUCCCCAUUGAUCCCAAUCUUCCACCCCCUAUAAUCAGAAAGCCACCACCUAAGGUGAAACAACCACCUCCACCACCAAAGAAACGAGUGGGGCGUGAUAAUGUAGAAAUGAAGAAAGGAGAUUGGCUGUGCCCAAAGUGUGACUUCAUGAACUUUGCAAAAAACAAUAUUUGCUUGCAAUGCGAUAGUAAACGUCCCAAAAGGCAGCUUCUCCCUGGAGAGUGGGAGUGUCCUCGGUGCAAUUUUUUGAACUACAGGCGGAAUAUGUCAUGCUUUCAUUGUGAACACAAGCGUCCACCAGAUGAAUACACCAACAACCAAAUGGAAUCUAAUCAAUUUGUGCCACAAAAGCGACUAGGAAAACCUGCUCGAAGGUGUGAAGUUUCUAAUGCAUGGAACUUUGAUUUUGAUGACAAUGAAUCAGAUGGUGCUGAUGUUGCAGCAUUUGAGUUUGCUGAUCCAUCAAAGGCCAGGGAGAGCUUGUCUAUGGACAACACAUCUUCCAGAGGUGGUUCUAAGUUCUCUGAGGACAAUGAUUUUGGAAUGAAUGAAACAUGGAGAGAGGGAACAGAGAGAAGGUUCUCAGAAAGAGAUAGACUGUGCUCAUCUAGAGUUGGUUUUGAUGAUUUUGAUGAUGAAGAGGAUGAUGAUAUUGACAGUUAUGAGCUUGAUUUAUCAAAGGGUGAUCAGGCAGAUGGAGUGUCAAGGAUGACUUAUUCAGACUUUGAAGAUGCUUCUGACUCAGCAGACCUAAAUGAACGUGCUAACAUUAGGAACUCAAAGCAUGGAGAAAAGCAGGAUAUAAUAGGUUCUCUUGAGGAUGAUAAAUUUAAUGAUCACCCUUCCCUGAGAUCUAGUCAUCUUGCUGCUUCUUGGCAGCAAACCGUAGGCUGGAAUUGUUCCAACAAACACACAGAAUCUUUUGCCUCCGAGAGUGAUGAUGGGGUUAUUUCUGACUUGGAUGAGGAUAUUAAUGAUGGAUUUAAAUGUAAAGAAAGCUAUAACAAGCAUAAUCCUAGUAGAGCUGUUGUUAGGCAUCAUGUACCUUUUCCGGAUAUGGACUGUGACAUGGGUGGCCGUUUUCAGUCAGAUAGGAGGAACAGGUUCUCAAGAGAGUUCAGUAAUGAAUUCCCUGCCAGGGCUUCCAACUCAAAUAGUAGAAGCACUAAGAGGGAUACUGAUGGUAGGACAAAAAUGAAUGAACGAUUCAAGAGUUCUAAUAUGUGUGAUAGGAGUCACAGGGCUAGUGCUAGUGAAGUACAUAAUGGCUCAAGAGAUUUACAGAACAUACGAAGAAACUGGGUUAAAAGUGGUGCCGUUGAUGACGACAACAGGCCGCUCAGGUGUUUAAACAGAAACAGAAGAUAGGGGUCUGCGCCCAGUCGUUGUGCGGUCGUUCCAACUUAACCGGUCAUAUUAGUGCUGCCCGAUGAGGGUGUGAUCUGCACUGUUCAUCGAUGGGAAGCCUGUAGCAUCAGAUCUCAACCUCUUAAAUCUCAAGGUCUGGCUAAAAUGUGUGCCUAGAAAAUGUUGUUUCCAGGCAUUUUCCCCUGAUUAAGCAUUAUAGUCUUCAAAAAAGUGUUUAAGCAUUCCCAGUAAAAUAAAUAUAAUCAUGGCAUUAUGUAAGUUCCAGUAUACCAACUGUUGUUCCAUCGUAUUUUCGAGAAAAGGACAGUCAUCAAAUCACAUCUCAGUGCGUUAAAGAUGUCCCGUUGCUUCUUAACGUUAUAGUGAUGCUUGUGAUUUGUUUUGGAAUUGGCGACUAAUGUGGCAAGUUA